ACAUACACACACAUACACACACAUACACAAGCUCGGACACGGAACCCUCAACCCCCUCCUCCCCUGGGGAACAUCAGGCUUUUACGGAGUCAGCCGCCCGACUUACUUUCGGCCCCUACCGCUGCCCGCCCCCCCCAGAAAAAAAAUUUUUAAUUAAAAAAAAUGGCAGAGUCUACGGAGGAGGUGGCGGUGCUGGUGCAGCGGGUGGUGAAGGACAUCAACAACGCCUUCAAGAGGAAUCCGCACAUAGAUGAAAUAGGACUAAUUCCCUGUCCUGAAGCUCGGUACAACCGGAGUCCAAUAGUCUUGGUUGAAAAUAAACUUGGUGUGGAAAGUUGGUGUGUCAAGUUUCUUUUGCCAUAUGUCCACAACAAGCUUCUCCUCUACAGGCAAAGAAAGCAGCGACUAAACAAAGAUGAAUUGAUAGAUGUCACAUGUACCCUGCUACUUCUAAACCCAGACUUUACCACUGCAUGGAACGUGAGGAAAGAGCUAAUCCUAUCUGGCACUUUAAAUCCAAUUAAAGACUUGCAUCUGGGAAAACUGGCCUUAACUAAGUUUCCAAAGAGUCCAGAAACAUGGAUUCACAGGCGAUGGGUGCUACAACAACUAAUUCAGGAAAACUCCUUACCCACUUUUGUGAAGAAAGAGAACUUAGCAACAUUUCCCACAGAAAGAGUACAACGAAUAGUGCAAGAGGAGGUUGAGGUCUGUGGUGAAGCUGCUGGGAGAUACCCAAGUAACUACAAUGCCUGGUCUCAUCGCAUCUGGGUCUUGCAACACUUGGCAAAGUUGGAUAUCAAGAUUCUUCUUGAUGAACUGUCUUCCACCAAACAUUGGGCAUCCAUGCAUGUUUCAGAUCACAGUGGAUUUCACUACCGCCAGUUCUUGUUAAAGUCUUUGAUAAGCCAAACUGUGACUGACAGUGCUAUAUUAGAACAGAGCCCUUUGGUAAGUGAGCAUAUCUCAGAUCUUCCAAAAGAUGAUAAUGAAGAAGACACAUCAGCAGAGCACCACAGGGUGGUGGAUCUUUCCCAUCUUCUAGAGGAAGAAGUUGAACUCAGCACGGAUCUCAUUGAUAACUACCCGGGACAUGAAACACUCUGGUGUCAUAGGCCUCUUCUUUUACAAAGGCGGCAUGUGUUCUACCUUCAGCACCACUUAAACAAUAAGCUUCCUCACAGCCAGAUGCGACUAUCACCCGUGGACAGCAAUGGUGGGACUUUAAAUGACUUAAAUCUCAGCCCAGCAGUCACUCAUAUGACUCAGGCCAUGGAUGUGGAUGGCUUAAAUGACUCUAACAAGCAAGGCUAUUCCCAAGAAACUAAGCGACUAAAACGGACACCAGCUCAGGACUCCCUUGGCAUAGAAAUGGAACACAGGUUUAUUGAACAAAUUUUGUCCACCUGCCGAAAUGUAGAGCAAGCCAGGUUUGCUAAUGCUUAUAGGAAAUGGCUGGUUACUUUGAGUCAGUGAAAGAAAUGGAGAAUUCCUGCAGGGUUUUACUUAUAGUGCAAUAUUACUUUCUUUUCUUUUCUUACUUACACAGUUGCAUGUACUGGUUCUACUAUUGGCUCCUUAUCCUUUAUGAUCAAUUUUAAGGUUUGUUGGAAACUCUUGUAUCAUUUGUUUUGUUAGGAACAGGCAAUUCUUUUACAGGAAAGAAAAAACAAAAACAUUUCCCUAGUAUAUAGUGAGUCUUAAAUUUUGAGAGAAAAACUCAUAUCCUUUGCAUUUCUACUUUGGGCAGCUUCAUAUUCAGUUCUCAUGACGUUUUUUUCCUUCUUUUUUUUUUGGUUGGGAAGUUUAUUUGUUAACUUGCUAUUAAAAAAAAACCUUUAAGACAUAAUGCAGUUUCUAAUGACUAACUUUAACUUGAUCCAGUUUUGUUUGGGAAACAAAUAUGGAUAGGUGAAAAUAAAAACAAAUACAGACCCGAAUGUGCUCUAGUUGUAGACUAAACUAAUCAAAGUCAGUAGAGAUAACCAAUUUAUCAAAGGAUUAUUAAUUUUAAACCCUAACUUUAAGAAGUUAUGUUACUACAGUAAUAGAAAAUUAUUUUAGUUAUGCUUGUUAUUUUCCUUUAAGUUGGCAUAGGCUACGAACACUCAACUUAAACCCUAUAUAAUUAGUACCAAGUUUUGCACCAAGUUAGCAUUUUUUUUUUAGUUCUUACUAUCUUCUUUCACAGAUUCGUUGGAUUGGGAAUCAGAUUAAUUAAACAUGGAAAUUUGUUCAUAAAAAGUUCACCUGUAUUUUAUUUUAUUGAUUUACCAAAUCAACAAACCAUUAUCUUAUUUAUAUUUCUGAAAAUUUAUGAGGUACACUACAGAAUUCUAAAGAGAUGAAUAUUAAAGAUUUGGGGGGGGGGAUAAAUGUGGGGGCAUCUUAAGAAAUAGGUUAAAACAUUUUAGCACUGAAAUUGUCCAGACUGAGGACUCAGCAAUCUACUUUAUAUCCAUUAUAUCCGUUAUCAGACUCUGUAGAUAAUUUUGAAACCAGGGGUUCAGUCCCAGGGUUUCUCUCUUGCUUUCCUUGAACCCCAAGGGUUGAAAAAUAGUAGAGGGACAUAAUUGCUCUCCCAGUGUUUUCUUUAGCUAAUAAUUUCCACCCUACUUAAUUUUUUUCUCCCUCCUCAUUAUCUGUCCCUUCUCGCCAUAUCCCUUUGUUAUUUCUUGUCACUUACCCUUUGUUGUUUGUAUAUUGUUUUCUUUUCCGUAUUUCUUCAGCAAGAAGUACCCCACCUUUAUUUCUUGUCCCACAGAAAAAGGACCAGGAAGGAUGUAUAAGUAUGAUCAGUCCUAUUAAUACCAAAUUGGCAGAAGUUGCUGACCAAAAUGAGAAUACUUAAAAAUCUCUAGCUUUCAGGGAGGGAUGUAAGCAGUAGAAGUAGAGAUGCAACCUCAUCCUACCUCCUGUUCUUCCAAGUUUCACUUUCUCAUUUGGCCAGGGUGGGGGAGUUGGGAGAAAGAUAGAUUUCUGCUAUUUCGCUCUUAUGAAAACCCCAGAUUAACUUGAAUUUUUAAGGCAGUAUAGAAUAGUGGAAAAAGUCCUGGAUUUUGAAUUUAUAGAUUAUGAGUUCAAAUUCCACCUCGGCUAUUUAUUUCCUAGGUGACUUUGGGCAAAUCACUUUACCUCUUGGACCUCAGUUUGUUGUUUUUUUUUUUCACCUGUAAAAUGAGAUCAUUGGUCUUUUCCAGCUGUAAAGCCUAUGAUCCUAUAUUGAAAUAGGUUUCUUUCAAGGGGAUACAAAAUUUACCCCUUAUUUUGGCAUCAUAGCUCUGUUCAGUGACAAUCAGACAGUGAGCCUUAACAGGGUCUCAGGAAAUUGGCCAGCCUGACCCUAGUGGACCUAGAGACCUUAAAUGUAUGACCAAUUGCUGCUGGGCUUCUUCCUAGGGGCAAAAGUGACUGUUUUGUAUACCUUUCAAUCUGUAUCCUUAUCCUUGUGAAUAUAGUCCUAUGCCCUAAUAUACAAAGCCCUUUUUAGCAGAAGUUCCUGAAUCUAAUACCUCAGGGUCUGGAAUCUCUAUGAUUAAUCAUUAGCUUGGGAUUCUUUCUUAGUGGUUACAUAGAAGUAGAGAAGUUAUAACAGGUCCAGUGCAUCCUGCUAGUGUACAUAGCCAGUCAUUGCCUCCAUACGGUAUUAACUUCAGUUUCUUUCCUAAGCUUAGUUUUAAUUAUCCUCAAUAAUAGACUUCUCACAUUUUCAUGAUUUUUCUAUUUGAGAAUAUUUCUAUUGGAAUAUUUUCAGUAGUAAAUUGAAACUUUUUGGUCUAGUUUUUCCACUCCUAACAAUGUUCUUAUGAAUUCAGGACCUUCUUAUACCUUCUCUAAAACAGCUUCCAUUUUAGUCUGGGCAGCCUUCAGGUUUUUCAAGGAUAUGUCAUGCCCCUAAUUGAAAUAAUUCUCUUCCUAAAUCUACAUUGGUCUCCUGUCUUAUCAAGGUUAGUGAAAUAAGUGAUCAUUGACAGCUGGAGAGGAGGAAGUGCUUGGCAUCAGAAAUUUCUGUGCUAAUUUUUUUCUGAAAUCAUUAUGUUCAUUUAACAACAAAAGGUUAGGAUAUAUAUGAAUCCAAGGGGUUUCCUUGCAAAAAAAAAAAACCAAAAACCCAAUUUUAGUUGUAUAAUGACAUUGAUUCUUAGUAAUUCUAGUAGCGUGGCACAAAUAACUCUGAUAGGAGACAGUAUUAGAGAAGUAGGAAUAAGUAAAGUCCUUUAUAGUAGAAGAUUGUGUGAGUGUUAAAGUCCCUUUUUUUUCCUGGAAAAGUCAAGGAGGAACUGUAAAACAAAUUGACUGUUCUCCAUAUUGAAAGGCCACCCCAUCCUCAUGGCAAAAAUGCAGCCGAGUAGCACCCAUAAUCAGGAAUUCAGAGUGAUACUAUGAUAAAUGAAAUCAAACUACCCUUGUAAAUCUUAACCGUUUUUCCCCUCAAGGUUUCCUACUUUUUGAGUGCAGUAUUUGUAAACUAUACUGUGUGCCUUGCUCAUAAAAUACUCAAAGAGUAUAAGAGAUAGUGACUAGCCUUGUGAUUUUAUUGAUCUAGGGAACUACUCAGUAGAUUGAGGAAAUACCCUCUACCAAUUCAGGUAGGCACCUUUUCUUCAAAUCAGAACCUUGGAUAGUUACCUAGAGCACGAGAAUUUAAGUGACUUGUCAGGGAUCACAAGACCAGUAUAUGACUGAGGCAGGACAUGAAUCCAUGUCUGACUGGUUUUAAGGUUAGCUUUCUAUCCAUUACUACUUUGCCUCUCAAAGAUGAUAAUGAAAUUAUUAAUUCCAGCAAUAUAUGUGUAUGUGUGUAUAUGUGUACAUAUAUCUACAUAUUUAAAAAUAACUUUCACAACUGGAAGUGUCCAUUUAGGUGCUGGUUUAACAUCCCAUUUGGGAAAGGUGAUAUGAAUACUGGCUAAGAAUUCUAAAGCCAGUAUUACAUUAAGAUCUUUCCUUUGACCAUUUUAAGUUGUCAGAAUCAGACUUUAAGAGAGCAAUAUUUUUGUACCUGUGGGGUUUACGUGUUUGUUGAGGUGUAUAUUGGGUAUGUGUGUCUGCUUUUUUCUGAGCUUCUAAACAAUGAAAUCCACCUUUUGAGAUAUUUCUUAAACUCACUACUGAGUCAUUAGGGAAGCUAACCUAGACUUUGAAAGUCCUCUUUUCUCAUUCCUGCUUUUCAAAUUUAAUUUAAGGUCCCAUGAGGUUAUCAGAGGAAGUAAAAAUAAAACAACUAAUAUGGAUUGUUACCUUGGUGUUAAAAUAAGGAUUUUUGUUCAUAAUGAUCUAUUCCAGAAUUCAUUAACAAAUAAGAAACAGCAGCUUUUCUACAGUGGCUUUUUGUGUAUGUUCCUCAAAGAAGUGCCCAGGUAGUAUGGUUGGGGUGUUCUUUAAGUUUAGGUCAUGUGACACCUUUGACUUAUUUCCAAUUGACCAGAGAUACACACACACACACACACACACACACAUACACACACACAUAUACAUGUAUGUGAAUGUGUAUGUAUUUACAUAUGUAUACAUGUAGACAUAUGCUUUUGAAUUUUUUUAAAAAAUGCAUUGUGACUAGAGAAAAGGUAAUUUCUUAUUUCAGUUUUUCCCCCAGUUGAUCUGAGUGUGUGAUGUAAGAGGCCAAGUAAUGGCUGUAUAACAGUUAUUGUCCCCUGUGCGUCAGUUUCCUCAUUUUUUAGAGGAAAGUGGUGAAGUUUCACCAAUAGAAGUAUUACAUAAUCUUUUAUAUAAUUCUUUUCCCCAAAAGAUGUUCCAAACCUACUGUGUUAACAUGCUGUCCUUAAAUUUAAAAAAAAAAUCCCAAAAAGCAAAUUUUUCAAGAGAAUUUACAUCAUUUUUAAUAGUUGCAUUUUUAAAUUUUUCAUAUGAGGUUCUCAGAUAGAUCUAUUCUACACCCAUUAGCACCUUAAAGUGCCCCAUCCCCAAAGUACUGUGUGCUCUAGAAUCCUAUUUUAUGGAGGAGGGAGUUGAGACAUAGGCAUCACUGGAAAAAUCUAACAUCCUUGUAAGUUGUGAAGAAGAAAGCCAUGAUCACACCCAUGGAAAGGUAUAAGUGAAAAGAGCCCUAGAUUUCAAGCGUCAUAUCUUAGUUUUCCUGGUUUACUACAUGUGUGACCUUAGGCAAGUCAUUUAAUUUCUGGGCUUUAUUUUCCUUAUUUGUUAAAUAAGGGGCUUGGACUAAAUGAUUGACUCUUAAAUUGCUUCUUUCUUUCUACAGCCUAUCAAUUCUGCUUUGUUUUUUAGGAUUUAAAACAUAGAACUUUUUACAUAAAACAUACAGUUUUAUUUAUUAGAGCACCUCUAUUCUUUGAAGCAGAAUUAUAAUCAUUUAAAUCUAAUUUUGGAGGCAGAAACCCAAAACAAUUUGAAGAAUACUGACAGUUACAACAAGUGCCCAAGGAGUCAUUCAAAUGUAAACUGCUAGAUAGUAGUAACUCUUUAUUUCAGUAGACUUCUCAGUGAAGGGAAUGUCAUUUGUUGUGUUAUAGGAUGUUGACAUGGACAGAUAGGAUGUUUUGGUUUAUAUUUUUAUUUAGUAAUUAAGGGGUCCAAGCACUUUACGAAGAAUUGGUAUAUUAGUUUCUUAUAACCAGUUUUUUUUUUCUUAUAUGAGGUAUGCCAUUUGUUUUUAAUGGUUACCAUGUAGCCUUUUUAUAAAGGAGCUGUGGUAUUGCCUCCUAAAAGAAAGAACAGACAUUAUUUUAAGUGAAUCUUUUGUCUUGGUUUAUUCAAAGCCUAAGUUCAUUCAGAAUUUCAAAACAUUCAAAACAACUGAAAAACAUGAUAACAUUAUAUAGAAGUGAAAAUCUAAAAUGUGAAUGUAUGAAGAGGUGCAAAUAAUAGAAGAAAAAAUAAUUUUAAGUAAUACUUUGUGGCUUCAUAACACUUUUCUUACCUAAGAUCCCAAAGUGCUUUACAGAGAAUGUUAGAACCGCCAACAUACAGUAUGUUUUGCAGGCUAGGCAAACAGUAGACAAGUUGUGAUUCUGGGGGACUAGUCCUUUGAGCCUGCCUCCCAUACCACCCUUUGGUACUAUUAAUUAAGCAGGCUCAGGCUCACUUCCUUCUUAGCACUAUCAGAAACCAAACUCUUUCUUCAGAAACGUAAAUUAUAAUAAUAAAGUAGCAUAGUCUGCUCAAGAAAUCCUGUGCUUCCAAGAGUAUUAACUAUAGACUGUUUAUGCUUUCCAAAUAUUAAUAUAGUCAGUGAUACUAACCCUGACAUUUUCUUUAUUAGUGUGUAAUUACCUCUCAGGGUAUAGGAUACUUAGUAAAUUUAGGGUAAACUUUUUAUAGUCAGUGGCAAAAAAAAAAUAGAGGCGUAAUUGCCUAAUAUAUUACUAGCUCUCAACAUUUUUAGACUAGAUAGUAUUUUAUAUAAAUCGCUAGCUAAUAUAGGAGCUGGUAACCUGCUUUGAGACUGCCUUGUUGCGCAUCUAUGCUGCUCCCAUCCCCAUAGUACAUAUUGUGAACAUACUUUAAUAUGUAUCUUAUGAAAAUUAUUUAUAUAUUUCCAUCUUCUCUAUGUUUCAGGGAAGGCAGGAGAGAAUGUAUCUGUUUUGUACUUUUGGUUGCUUAUAGAAUUAAUAAGUUUGCAAAUUUGAGGAGAAUGAACACUAGAGGUACACAGACUUUAACAAAUGUUUUGCCUCAUAAGAUGUCUAUCUGCUGGAUGACGUUAUAUCCAUGCCAUCUGUAGUUCAGUGUGGAGAACUAAAUUGUUAAAGAUUAGGGUUAAAAUUGUCUUUAGUUCUGUUAUUUGGCACUUCGAGUAUGUAAGAAUUGGAAGAAAUAUCAUUUUAUGCAAGAGAAUUUUGAUAGAAUGUUAUUAUGGAGAAGCAAAUUAUCUCUUUGGGGGGAGACACUGUGAACAUAAAUGAACAUUGUGACUCUCCAGCUGCAUAAACAUAACAAAUAACAUUUAGAUUAUUCUGCUCCGUAGAAUAUAAAUAUAAGAUGAAAUGAAACUUGGAAUUUAGAUUUAUUUGAUAGGUUUCAAAAAGUGUUUUGUUUUACAUUAUCACACCCAAAUUUUGGCAAGAUCUUUCUUAAUGCAGUGUUGCUAAAUACAGGCUUUCUGAUUAAAAAAGGUCUCCCCUCUACAAGUGAGAUGGAAGGUUGACCCAAGCCCACAUGUGCCUGAAUUAAUCAGAUAAUUGUGUCAACCUUCUACUCUGCUUUGGGCAUCACUCCCCUUCAGGGUAGUGGGGAACCAGGAUACUCUGUAACUUUCCAUAACUACCAUUAGAGUCAGCCUUAACGUGGGGCAUGGCAAUCACUUUCUCUAAGUACUAUGCAGUAUCAUGCAGAAAUGUUUACUUUUUACAUUAUAUAAAGUAAUUUAUAUCAAAUAAGAUUUUUUCAUAUCUUGAAAAGGACAAAUGAACAUAUGAACAAUUUUAAAUCAUUAUGCAUAUUCGUAUUUAUUAAGUAUUCAGUUAUUUCCCUCAAAUCUUGCAUUUGGUACAGGUGUGUUCUCAUUUAAUAAAAGUUGAGUGCAGGCUAAAUAAAAAUGCACUUAAUUGAUGUUCAAUAAAUAUUUAUUGGCAGGGUCACUGUGUCAAUCAAACUGAUAAUAAACCUUAAAUAAUGAAGGUAAAUAUUGUCACCCAUUCUUUGAAUGGAAUUUAGUGAAAUUGUUUUACAUUUUGAUAUUUUAAAGUUAUAUUGAGAUGAGUUAUUUUGACUUCAUUGUUUUUUAAAAGUGUGUUAAUAAUACUUACUUAGAAUAUGGUCAAGCAUUAGAAAUUACAAAAACUUAAGUGAUAUUCCCUAGUGCAUAAUUAUAAUUAUUCAUUAGAUUUAUCACCAAAUUAUUUUGAGAGAACUAUUGUAGUCUUAGAAGCUAACCAGAUUAUAUUUUGAUAUCAGGUAUUAUUUGAUUUAGGUGCUGUUUAUUUCUUCCUAAAUUGCUGUUGCUUUCCAAUAUACUUUUCUUAGUGGUAAUGAAUAAAAUGUGAUAUUAGCAUAAAUAUUUAUCUGCUUGUGUAAUGGUUUUUAGGGGCAUCUUUCCUAGGAUAAAAUCUGCUACUCUUCACAAAUAAUAAAGAUGGAAGUACCAAGAAUCUGAAAAUUUAUGAAUAAGAUUGAGAAUUAUAAACCUUUUAAAAGAUAUUUGAGAGAAUUUUCCUGGGCUCCUAAUUAAAUAGGUGAAAGCAGUAUGAGAGAUGGCAGUUGAUUGUGGGUCAUGGCUGUAAUUCAGGUUUUCUAAGCAACAGAAUCAUUAUGUCUGUUGUUUAAGCAUAUACUGUCAUCUAAAAGAGAAUACUCAAACUGAGAUUAAUUUAUCCUUUUGAAUUAACAAACUAAAAAUUACAAGAUUAUCAAAAUGUAGGGUACACUAGAAAUUGUUUUCUUCCUUUUACUAUGACGGGGGGGGAAAGACAAAUAAUAACUCUUGAAAUUAUCAAAAGAGAAAAUCAAAUUGAGACACUAAAAAUAAAUAAGUAGCUAGAUCUUUUCAUUACUAGUCAGUGAUGUAGUCACCUGGAAUUUGGAACCCUCUUAGUGUCAAUAUUCCUCACAUGUUUCUGUUAUUAGAAUUUACUACCUGUGUUAAUUAUAUGUUGCCUGAAGGUUUUCCAAGUGUUGAGUAAGUUGCAGUUCAAGUUUGAAAUUGUUUUAAGAUGGUAUUAAAUAGCUCAUGUUCAAAUGUAUAGGAUACCUGUGGUACAAGGUGUUAUCUUGGGCAUUAAAGACAAGUUUGAUUAACUUUUCUUACUGAGGAUAUUAAGUUCAUUUGCUGUACUAAUAUUUUCUUAAAUUGCACUGCUGAUUUGCCCCCAUUAAAGCAAACUGCACAAAUCCUUUUUUCAUUAUUCAUCUCAAAGUCAUUUUAGUAACUACUGAUUUCCAGUUAUGUAAAUGGUAUUUCACUCUCAUAUUGUAGAUGUCAUAAAAAGAUGAAAACAUUGAUAAGUAUGAAUGCUAAGGGUUUAUAUUAUCUAUACUUCAUACCCCACCUCAAAACCCCUAACAACUGAUGCUAAAUUCCAAGGCUAAUGUAAUGGUUUUUGUUUAUUGUGUGUUGGUCAUGAUAAUUUUUUUUUAAUUGGGAGAAAUUAAUGAUGGAGGCAAACUUAUGAUAUCUUCUCAUUUUUCCUUCAUCUCCAUCAUAUUACAUAUAUAUUUUAGAGCAACUAGCCAAAUUUUGCCAAGCUUUAUUUUAUAAGGAAAAGGAAAUUCCAUUCCAUGUGAAAUGACAUGAUACUCUGAUAUCUGAUUAGACUAAUACCCUACCGUUGUUUUUAAAUUAUGUACACUAAAUUA